AUGGUCCCCCGGCGACGAGUAAGCCGCCGGUUCCUCGCCAUCGCCGCCAUCACCGCCCUCUUCCUCCUCUACCACUUCACCUCCCUACAAUCAACCCUCACACCGCAGCCAACCCGCUUCCGCUACUCAGGCUCCCGCACAAACAAAUAUACCACCAGCAAUGCCGACACCGAACAAACAACCGGCGAGCCGGACCCCAUCUGCCCCCCUCUCCCCGGCAUCGAAGAUGUCCUGGUCGUCAUGAAAACCGGCGUCACAGAGUCCCGCGACAAAGUCCCCAUCCACUUCUCCACCACCCUCCGCUGCAUCCCCCACUACGUCAUCUACUCGGACUUCGAAGAGGAAAUCGAGGGCGUAACCAUCCACGAUGCGCUCCGCACCAUGGACCGCGACGUCACGCAGCAAGUCGAGGACUUCGACCUCUACAACCGGCUGAAGAAGCUCGGGCGCGAAGGCCUGGAACAGGGCGACUUUGCCGACGAGGCCAACUCCGCCAUCGGCAAGCCGAACAACCCGGGCUGGAAACUGGAUAAAUGGAAGUUCUUGCCCAUGGCCCAGGAGGCGUAUGCGUACAAGUCCGACGCCAAGUGGUUCAUUUUCAUGGAGGCUGAUACGUAUAUUUCGUGGCCGACGGUGUUGGCUUGGCUUGCGCGCUUCGAUCCCACGAAGCCUGUGUACUUGGGCACGGAGACGCAGAUUGCGGAUACGAUCUUUGCGCACGGGGGCUCGGGCUUUAUGCUUUCGAAUCCGGCGCUCAGGGCUGCGUCGGAUGAGUAUGAGCGGCGGAGGGCGGAUCUGGAUGAUUAUACGAAUGGGCACUGGGCGGGUGAUUGCGUUUUGGGUCGGGUUCUUGCGGAUGUGGGCGUUGAUUUGCAUUUCUCGUGGCCCAUCUUGCAGAAUUCGAACUUGGGUGAGUUAGAUGAGUUUGCGACGGACUUGUACCGUUUGCCGUGGUGUUAUAUUGCUGUUGGGUUUCACCAUCUUUCUCCGGCGGAUAUUGAGGGAUUGUGGAAAUUUGAGCAGAAACGUUGGCAUGAUAAAAAUAAACGUAUCCUUCUUCAUAGCGAUGUGUUCCGCGAAUGGCUGUACCCCGAAAUGCUUGCCCAGCCUACAAGGUUAGACUGGGACAACUUUUCAGACGAGGAACAGCCAUAUGCGACGACCUUUGAGCAUUGUCGCCAGGUCUGUGAAACUGAGAAGAAGUGCGUGCAGUUCUCCUUCCGGGACGGCACAUGCUUCACGGGCAAUAGACCCCGUCUGGGUGUUUCGCGACCUGGCAGCAAUGCAGCCUCAGGAUGGCUGACUAGUCGCGUCCGGGGGAUGAUGGAUGUAAGUGGAUCAUGUCGGGCUCCUGAAUAUGGUGAUUAA